AUGUCCACAAAAGUAACAAGUUUCGCUCUCAAGCACCCAUCUGACAUCACCACGAGGAUUUAUAAAGGAACAAACCAUAAAAGUGAAAGAACCUACAGACAUGCGCCCAAGAAAAUUAUCACGUCAAAGAAACCGAUUGUUUGUGCGGAGAGCAAAAGUUGUUCGAGCGGGAUCAACAGUACAUGCGCUGCGAAACCUAAGAAAAUGACCAAAUCUGAUCCUACAGUCACCAACAAGUACCAGCACAAUGUUGCAGACUUCUGCCACAAGUGCGGUGAUGGUAAAAGUAACAGCGAGUCUCAAGAGAAGAUCGUUUCCAUCCUAAGUGCUGCAAACCUGAAGUGUGUGAGAAAUGACAAUAAUGUGAAAAAAGCUACCAGGAAACUAUCGAAACCAGUCCAACAGUAUUACAAGAACGAGAAUUUCCACGUAUACGAAGAAUCCACACACGAUACAAGUAAUAAUACAAAAAAGAAUGCUUCUCUGGAAACAAUAAGAGAAGUAUCUGAGAUGCACGCAGCGCUGUCCCAAGGCUCAAUAUUCAGAAUAUUUUCUGACUCCGACGAAGAUGUGACAUACAUAGACACGAAUAACGAAGACAAUAUUAAGAAACUUAAAGAAUUUCGUCAGAAAAACUACUUCGAGUGUCAUUCGGCUAAAUCCAGAAUAAAAUCUAGAGUAAGCGCCACGAGUUUGAAAGACCACAAAUGCGUCUACAGAUUUUAUUUGAACGAACGAUUAUUUCCCAUUCCAUUGAACACUGAUUAUAACAAUAAGGUUCGUUGUGUGGAGUGCCAGUUGCCAAUGGAUGUUAAACAGGAAUCGUCAGGAGACAAAAUUAAUGGAACUAUCCAAGCGAAGGUUAAACUAGGUUCAGGAGACGCCCAGGAUAUGCUGCUUCUGCUUCCAGUUAAGGAGUCUCUUAUCAUUGAAGAGAGAAGAAAAGAGAAUAGACAGGACAAUGAGUAUGUUUACUUUGGAAUAGUAAAACUGACUGCUGAUGGUAAUUCUAUUUUCAAAAGAAAUUUACCAGACAAUUCUUUAGCUUUGAAAUAUCAGAAAGGGUAUCAAGAAUACCAGGAUAGCAGCAAAUUCAGUUACCAAGAGAUCAAGGGCGAUGACAUAAUAAUAAUUUGA